UAUAAAUACACACGCACCCAUCUUCUUCCUCACUUGCACUGUAUGAGGCUGACAAAUUAAGCUUGCUUUCACACAAUACAUCAGCUGAAAAAGAUCACACCCAGAUAGAGAGAGAGAGAGAGAGAGAGAGAGCUCAAAGGAAUUAUGGGGAGAGGAAGGGUUCAGCUGAAAAGGAUCGAGAACAAGAUCAACAGGCAAGUCACCUUCUCCAAGAGAAGGUCUGGAUUGCUGAAGAAAGCCCAUGAGAUCUCUGUGCUUUGCGAUGCUGAGGUGGCCUUGAUUGUCUUCUCCACCAAAGGGAAGCUCUUCGAGUAUUCUACAGAUUCUUGUAUGGAAAGGAUCCUUGAACGGUAUGAGAGAUAUUCAUAUGCUGAGAGGCAGCUUCUUGCAAAUGAUCUUGAACAAAAUGGAAGCUGGACUCUGGAACAUGCAAAGCUCAAGGCUAGGAUUGAGGUUUUACAAAGAAAUCAAAAGCAUUUCGUGGGAGAAGAUCUGGAUUCCUUGAGUCUUAAAGAGCUUCAAAAUUUGGAGCAACAGCUUGAUUCUGCACUCAAACACAUCAGGUCAAGAAAGAACCAACUUAUGUACGAAUCGAUUUCAGAGCUGCAGAGAAAGGACAAAGCAUUGCAGGAUCAAAACAACUUGCUUGCAAAGAAGGUGAAAGAAAAGGAAAAGGAACUAGCCCAACAGGCGCAGUGGGAGCAGCAGUGUCAUUCCCUCGAUUCAGCCUCUGCCCAGCCUCCACAGCCGUUGCAGCCAUUGAACAUUGGAGGGUCUUAUCAAGCAAGAGACAAUGAAAGAGUGGACGAAGGAACUCCACCUCAUCGAGCCAAUGCACUCCUGCCGCCUUGGAUGCUUCGCCAUCUUAAUCAAUAAGAUAUCAAUAUAUAUAAUAUAUAAUAUAUAAUAUUUUUUUGUCUAUAGAAACUUGAUAGGGAUGUGGAUCCCAAUAUCCAAUAUAGUACUGACGUGUGGUGGAACAGCCCCAAAUGUUUGUAUCUAUUAUUAUAAGCUAUUUCCUUACUCUAAUAAUUAAAUUACAAACUAAUUUGGUAU